AUGACGGACUCUGCUGUGUUGCAGUCCGCUGUUCGCGUGCCUACACCUCCUCCAGGCAUCUCGUACUCUCCACAGCCUUCAGCAUCACGAAAACGCUCUCCUCCAUCUCGUUCCCCUUCCCCUAAUCGUCGUCGCUCGCCACCCGGCGACUCGCUGAAGGAGGAUGAGGGUGCGCCGCGUAUCGACCCGGAGCGCGCGGUUGAACGAGAACGCCAGCUCGCGGAGCGUCUACGUCAGCAUGAGAAGCAGGAAGCUGCGCGGAAACCGAUGACGGAGGAGGAGAAGCAAGCUGCAGCCAAAGCUGAAUAUGAAAAGCUUUUGAACAUGCGCUCUGGAGGUACAUACAUUCCGCCUGCCCGGCUGCGCGCUCUCCAGGCGCAGAUCACGGAUAAGACCAGCAAGGAAUACCAGCGCAUGGCUUGGGAAGCUUUGAAAAAGUCCAUCAACGGUCUCAUCAACAAGGUCAACGUGUCCAACAUCAAGUUCAUCGUGCCCGAGCUCUUUGGGGAGAAUUUGGUUCGCGGACGAGGUCUGUUCUGCAGAAGCAUUAUGAAAGCGCAAGCGGCGAGUUUGCCAUUUACUCCGAUCUACGCUGCAAUGGCAGCCAUUGUCAACACAAAGUUACCGCAGGUCGGAGAACUGCUUCUUAACCGCCUGAUUGUUCAGUUUCGGAAAGCGUUCAAGCGAAACGACAAAGCCGUCUGUAUCUCGUCUACUACCUUCAUCGCGCAUUUGUGCAACCAGCAAGUUGCCCACGAAAUGCUUGCCGCUCAGAUCCUUCUCCUCCUGCUCCACAAGCCUACCGAUGACAGUGUUGAAAUCGCGGUCGGUCUGACAAGAGAGGUUGGCCAGCAUUUGGAGGAAAUGAGUGGUCCUAUCGCUUUGGCGGUAUUUGAUCAAUUCAGGAACAUCCUUCACGAAGCCGAUAUCGACAAACGAGUACAAUAUAUGAUCGAAGUUCUGUUCCAAGUGCGUAAGGACAGGUACAAGGAUAAUCCAGCUGUCAAGGAGGAGCUUGAUCUGGUCGAGGAAGAGGAUCAGAUUACUCACCGCAUCGGCCUGGAUGAUGAGAUUGAAACGCAGGACGGGCUCAACGUCUUCAAGUUCGAUCCUCAGUGGGAGGAACACGAAGAGGCCUACAAGAAGCUCAAGGCCGAAAUCCUCGGGGAGGGUAGUGAUGAUGAAGAGGACGAGGAUGAGACAGAUGAGAGCUCGGACGAGGAGGAGGCUGAAGAACGCCAGAUGGAGAUCAAGGAUCAAAGCAACACAGAUCUCGUCAACCUCCGGCGAACCAUCUACUUGACAAUCAUGUCUAGCAUCGACUUUGAAGAAUGUUGCCACAAACUCAUGAAGAUCUCAUUGCCGCCUGGCCUGGAGCCAGAGCUUCCUUCCAUGAUCAUUGAGUGCUGUUCCCAGGAGCGAACAUACUCGAAGUUCUAUGGAUUGAUUGGUGAACGGUUCGCGAAGAUCAACCGUAUGUGGUCCGAUCUCUUUGAAGCAGCAUUUGCCAAAUAUUACGACACCAUCCAUCGGUUUGAGACCAAUCGUCUACGUAAUAUCGCGCGUUUCUUCGGCCAUAUGCUGAGCACAGACGCCAUCGGCUGGCAUGUCUUGUCCAUUGUCCACCUGAAUGAGGAUGAAACGACAUCGAGCAGUCGUAUUUUCAUCAAGAUUCUAUUCCAGGAUCUAGGAGAGCACCUUGGCCUACCCAAGUUGAAGGAGCGCAUGAGGGACGAGAUUCUGCGCCCCAGCUUCGAGGGUCUCUUCCCCUUGGACAACCCGCGGCAUACCCGCUUCUCGAUCAAUUACUUCACAAGUAUUGGGUUUGGUGUUCUGACCGAAGACAUGCGGGAGCAUUUACAGAAUCUUCCAAAACCUACCGUUCCUGCAUUGCCUGCGCGCGCUGCAGAGUCCGACUCGGAGUCUGUCAGUUCCCAUUCUACGUGCUCCACAUGCACCGGCUCGCGCUCGCGAUCAUACUCACGAUCCCCUUCGCGGAGCCGUGGCCGUGCUCGAUCUGUCAGUCGAGGCAGAUCUUACUCGAGAUCAGUGUCGGGAUCGUCGCGCGGAAGGAGCUAUACCCCCAGCUACAGUUCUUGGUCGAGAUCCCCGGUCUCGAAGUCUCGACGCCGCUCGAUUUCGUAUAGUCGGUCACGCUCGCCUCCAGGUCGUCGCAGAUCGUCGGUUUCUCGCACCCCUCCUCGAAGGGUACGUGAUAAAUCGUCCGAUUCACGUUCCCCUUCCCGCUCCGUCACACCGCCGCGCAGACGCGGCUCGCACAGCCGCAGAGACCGUAGUUACUCCAGAUCCCCCUCUCGCUCGGUCACUCCACCUCCUCGGACGCAGGCAAAAGGCGCACGUGGCAAACGCUACUCCUCGCAGUCUCUUUCGCCUCCUCGUCGACGCGUUGAAAGGGGUAUCUCAGCAUCUCGCUCUCCUCCUCGACGUCCGCCUCCCGGCCGUCGUCCCCGUGACGAUUCCAUAUCGCGCUCCCCGAGCCCUCGACCUGCUCGAAGGAGGAGAAACUCGAGCUCAGUCUCAGCAUCUCCACCUCCUGCUCGCGGAUACAAUAAGCGCAGAUCUCCAUCCCGGACUCCACCCCGUCGGGGUCGUGCCUCCGAUUACCUAUGA